UACGCUCUCUCCGCCCACCCUACACUCUCCACACCGUCCUCAUUAGCAGCCCACCUCUCGCAUUUCGGGCCCAUAGACGCCAAAACCGUCGUUCUCGCCCUCAAACCCGCCAAGCCAAAGAAAAAGAGCAAGAGUCAGACAUCAUCGGAUGAGGCCUCUAAGAACGUGACGGCACUCGUCCCUUUUUCCCAGCUUUCUGCUGCUUAUGCAGCUGUGUGUGCGAGUGGGAGGGAUAGGCUGUGUGAUAUGGGUGUGAGCUGGGCAGGUGGGGAGGAGCCAUUGAUUAUUGGGUGGUUGAGGAAGAAGGGGAAGUUGGGCGAUGGAGCGGGGACGAGGGUGGACGAUGAAUCGAUGCGGGAGACGUCGUCUGAACGACCUAUACCACCAAAGAGCCCCGGUUCUCCUCCUUCGUUACCAUCUGACUCGAAUAACUCGGCAUAUGCGUCUUUUCCGUCUACAUUUCCAUCAUUUUCCACCACCGCUGAACCAUCGCCAUCUAAUGCUGCAAACGGGUCUGGUCUGGAUUACGAGUCCCUCACGUUGCUGAGGAUGCGUGAGGCGGAGAGAGCCAGGCUGGAGAGGGAGAUUUUGGAGGCUGAGGCUGGGGAGUGA